UCACCUAUACAACUGAAAUAUUAAAGAGAGAAUUAAACGGAAUAUUCAGUGUCCAUAUAAAAGUUGACGACACACUAAGAGUCUCUUCAGAGUGAUAAAAUUGAUAAUACCAAACGCGUCUCUAGUGUCAUUGUUAAAAGGGAAGAUCGCAAGAAAAGUCAUUCUCAGGAAGAAGUUUUAUCCUCAUUUCUUCCAUUUAUCGCCAUAAUCAUUGAAAUGUGAACGUUUUCUUAUCAUUUUUUCCUAUUGGAUAAUCUCUAUCAGUGGAAAACUCCAGUGAAAUUAGAAGUUCAAAAACUACCAUCAAAAUCGCAAUUCAAAGAGUGAAAGAAAAAGAAAACGAAAACAUAAUCUUAUAACUGGAUCAGUAUCAGCUUAAUAGACUAAAGUGAUCUACAUAAUCUAAUAACAAAAGUAUAUAUAACUUGUGUAUCAAAUGUGUAACUAUUGUGAGUGACAGACAACAUGGAAAUUGCAUCUAUUCAGGUGCCAUAAGAUGAUUGCUAACCAAACGGUUGAAUCUCUUAUCAAAAUAAACACAUUUUUUCCACAAAAACUCUACCAAAUCGAAAGGUAUAUAAGUGCAAAUUGAGAUCAAUAGAUCUAAUUUAUUGAGUUUUUUCCCGAAAAAGCACAGUUAAAAAAAACCUUAAAUUGACAAUGAUAUUGUGAGUUUUUUUUUUCUAAACAACCACUUCUCGGAUUCUCAUAUGGUGACAAUUAUGGUGCUGUCGUUGACUAAAAUGACCAUAAAAAUUCAGUGAUAAGCUUAUUUUAGUUUAUGAAUCUCACCUAACAUUAGCAAACUUAAGUGUUCUGUAGUAAUAAAAUAAAACCCAUUCGUUAGUGACAUAAAAACAUACCGCUUUGGAAUAAUGAACAGAUGCUUUAAGUAAUUUAGUGCAAGUGAUACCAUCUUACAAAUGAAAAUGAUUUAAGGUGAUUCAAGCAAGUCAUCCAGAAUGGAAUAAUAAAUAUCUGGUAAAAAUUGUAAAAUUACUGUUGCGCCAUCGAAUUAACAUCCCCAACAUUUCCCCACAAGAACUGGUGGAAUUAUUAGAACAAGUGUUAGUGAAAGUUUAUAGAGAAAUCUCCAAGAGAUAAGAUGCGUGGAAGUACCGCUGGUUUGGCGGAUGGUGUUCUCAAUUCAUCAAGAGAUGCUCAUGGCGUUCUCUUGGACUUUCUGGACACAAUGCUAUCAACCGUAGUUGUAGGACCACUUGUUAUAUCCUACUGGCGUGGCACUUGGAAUCUCAUGGAAGACUACUUGUUCCCUAAGAAUUUCCUACACAGUUCCUACGCAUCCUGCAUCAUUGGCGCUGUAGGUCAUCUGGUUUUGACCUUAUAUCAAAAUUCUCUAAGGAAUAGUGUUCAUCCUAGUCGUCAUCGAAUUGCCUAUUACAUCAUCUCACGUCUCUACACCGCUAUUUAUGGUGUAAUAUGUGUCAAUGGUUGGAAAGGUGUAUGGCAAUUAAUUGAUUACUAUACACCAAUGACAAUACCAUCUGUUGUUCUGUUUACAAUUCCACCGAUUGUAUGUCUCGUAGUUCUCAAAUGCCUAAGAAACAUCUCAGCGGCACCCUUUACAAUAUGCAUCGAUGCACCAAAUGAAUAUUUUGAUAUUCAGACGAUGUUUAAGAUAUCGGGUGCCCGACAGCCACUAUUGUACGUUCUUGAUUGUUGCUUCUCUGUUCUUAUCAUCGGAUCACUCGUGGUAUUUGUUUGGCGUGGUGUUUGGGUAUUUCUGGAUCUUGUAUUAUACCCGAGUGAUGCUAAACUCUCAGCAUGGUAUUCAUUGGCCAUUGGAUACGGAAUAGUUUUCAUUACAUUUGCUCUUCAGCCCGUUAUGAGAUGGACUUGUGACAAGCUCACUGGAUUCUGGCGACUUGCCAUAGCCGAUAUCUUCCUUUUCUUCAGCUUUAUUGGCACGGUUAAUGCAUGGCGUGGAAUUUGGCAACUACUCGAUAACUAUUUUCUACCAGACCAACGAGCCCUUAGUGAUUGGUUAACCCAUGGAAUUUGCUUUAUUCUUCUGGCUCUUAUGAAUUGUGCCAAUACCGUUCUAGUUCGAGGGGUUUUUCUCGAUGCCGAAGAACCUGGUGGCAAAUGUGUUAUCUUCCCAGUAUACUAUAUUCGGCUGUACUUCCAAAAGGAACGUACGAAAAAGAAUCAAAAAGCUUUGGACACAAUGGACAAGGACGAAGGGGCAAAUACUCUCCUUCUUAUUGAAAAGCCUGCCAAUAAUGUGGUUGUAGUGAAGAAUAUUAAUGAAAAAAAUCAACUAAAUAAUGAAACAACAAAGAAAUGAUACAUAUUUCUACAUAAUUCACAUUAUUCCAUUUUGAGAAUAAUUUAUAAUAUUCUUGAAUUUGGAAUUUUAGUACCUUUUCAUUGAGAAACAAGAAUCCAACUGUAAAUUAGUGAUCAUUUUAUUGUAAUUACUCGUAGAUAAAAAAAAGAAAAUACAAAUAUGCUAAAUAAAAUUUUCAUAAUUGGUUUUACCAAGAAAAAACACAAAUAAAAAAUUAAUCUUAGAAAAAAAACCGGUGAAAAAAAAACAAUUAGGACACCCUUGUACGGUUGUAUUUGAUUGGCUGUGGGACAUAGAGAAGAAAAUUUUCCGGUAUGUUUACAAUAAAUUAUUGAGUAAUUAUUGUGAAAAUUAUAUAAAGACAAUUACUAUCUUAUCUGUUAAGAAAUUAUCAAUUUGUAAUAUACAAAAGAAACAUGUGUAUAGAAUUAAUAACAUAUUAAGUGAACUGCUGUAAGAAUUAACUGCCUCAGAAAUGAAGAAAAUAAAACUAUCGAAAAGAUA